CUUGCAAUGGGCAAUAUAUUAAUGACUCUGGGAAAGUCAUGUUUUAAAAGAUUGCUGAUAUUGCUGUUGCAAUCAUUUUUAAUUUGUGAAUAAGCAAAAGAUUUGCCCACUUGUUUCCAUUCUAGUUAUGCUGAACAGGUAACAGUCAUUUAAAAAUAAUAUCAAAAUAUUGCUUAAUUCAAUUAAAAAGAGAUGAAAUAUUACAUGAUGCGGAAAUGACUGCAUUGCUAUUACCAUCACCAAAAUACUUCUCCAGCAUGAGGAUGGAUAAUCCAUGGAUUGGGUUUCCUGAAGUCCCUUCUAACCAAUUAGAUUAAGUCUGUGAGAUAGCCACGCCUCUUUCUGGGUCAUGUUUACCCAGUUCCGACUUAGUCUUUACCCAGACAAGGCGCAUUGGUUCAGAUCUCCAGAUUCAGGUUGUAAAUUUUCCAUUUUCCCCAUCCGUGGAUUAUCAUUCCUUUCCCCUUUAGUUUACCUUUAAGUUUGCUGAAUCCUUGUGCUUCUUGUUCCGUCUCCAUUCCACUUCCCCCCCUCCCUAUUGCUGCAAGCCUCAGCACGAGGCUUGAGUUUCUCUUUUAGGAGCCCUUUUCAGAAGCCACGGAGUUUUCUGCUUGCCUCAGCUGAUCGGUGGGCCUCCGUGGAGACCCCGAACGACAGCUGAUUGUCGGGGCUUCUUACCGGAGGAUUGCGGAUACCGGCGGAUCGCCCCAUGGCUGGCGGCCACUAUUUUGGUCAGAUCCGCUUCUCCUGCAAGCCUCAGCAUGAGGCUUGUGUUAUCUUUUGGGAGCUUUUUCAGAAGCCGCGUGGCUUUCUGUUUGCCUUAGCUGGUCGGCGGGCCUCCGUGGAGAGCCAAAGGACAGCUGAUUGUCAGGGCUUCUUAACCGGAGAAUUGGCUAGUGGCAGAGCAUUGCAUGGCUGGCGUCCGCCAUUUUGUUUUUGAGGCCUGUGCUUCCAGACAUUUGAGAGUGUACACGUGGUGGGCGGCCGCCAUUUUUGUAGGCCCGCGCCUAGGCUACACGUGACUGCCAAUCAUCAGUUGAGUGUUUUUUUCCCUGUUUUCAUGAAAUUUCUCUGCUAUUAAAUUAGUGAACAAGUGAAGGGAGCUUUAAUUUUGGGUGAAUCAUUUAGUUUAAGAGAAAGAUUCUGAUUACUUCUGGCCUCACCACGCGGCUGAGGCCGCCAUUUUUUCAGGAGGGCUGAGUGUGUGAAAAUAGUCACAAUCACAUCUGUUUCCACCUCAGCCUCACCCACUGACAUUGCCUCUGGCAAUAUAUUGUGACAGUAAAAUUGGAUUGCCUUGUCAUUGGGAGCUUUUUAUUUCACAUACUGGUCUUACCAGUCUCUACAGCAGUGGUUCUCAACCUGUGGGUCGGGACCCCAUUUGGGGUCGAACGACCAUUUCACGGGGGUCACCAAACAAGGCUGUCCGCCAUUUUUUCCCCUUUUCUUUGGCCACGCCCCUGGCACCCGGUGAUGUAUAAGUGGUUGGGGGUCACCACAACAUGGGGAACUGUAUUAUGGGGUCGCAGCAUUAGAAAGGUUGAGAACCACUGCUCUACAGUCUCACACUGGGCCUCAGCGCCUAACCUUUUUUUCCCAGACCCAUUCUCAGACUUGCGCUGAAAGGUCUUAGGCCUAGCUCCCUUGCAAGGAGCCCAUACUGGUUUUUCCAGUCCUUCCAGUGUUUCACAUUGGACCGCUUUUCCCAGACUUGUAAGUUAUUAGCGACGGUUGAAUACAUGGCCGAUACCAUGUUGCACGCCGCCAGAUUUUCAGCCAGGGCGAUCACAGCCAACGUUUCUACCAGGCAGAUGCUUUGGCUGAAGCAAUGGCAGGCGGAUUUAAAAUCCAAAGGAUGCUUGACCACUGCCCCUUAUUCUGGUGGAAAAUUAUUCGGGGAUGUCCUGGAGCCCUAUUUGAUAGAGAACAAGGACAAGAAAAAGGUUCUUGCUCACCAGGCCAGACGAUCAGACAGAAAGCCUGCCCCUUUCUAUCGCAGACAGGGGUUCCAGGGCAACACCCAGGGUUCUGAUUGGCCACAACCCACAUGCUCUUUUCCUCCCAGAUCGGACCGUCAAAUGGACUGCUUCGUGCCAAAGCCCAGGCAACAACCACAGGCUAAGCGGCCCUUUCGGGGCGCGGGGGGCCAUCCCUAUCGGAGGAAUAAGUGACUCUGGGGAAGGACCCCCCCACAGGCGGCCGGCUCUCCCUGUUCUCUCAGAACUGGGAGCACAUUACCACCGACGCUGGGUCUUGACGCUGGGUCUUGUCCACCAUCACCAAUGGCCUGACCUUGGAGUUUCUUUCAAAACCGGCAAACCAGUUCAUUCAGUGUCCAACUCCUUCAAACCCGUCAAAACGGAUUCUCAUGAAGGAGGCCAUUUCCCAUCUUAUGGAAAUAAAUGCAAUGGAACCAGUCCCUCCCGAUCAGAGGUGACGAGGGUUUUACUCAAUCCUCUUUAUAGUUCCAAAGACCUCGGGAGGAUGGAGGGCCAUUCUGGAUCUAAAAUGGUUAAAUUAUUACCUGAUAUACAAAAAAUUAAAGAUGCAAAUCCUGCAAUCCAUUUUGGCCAGCAUACGAAGGAACGACCUCCUGAUGUCCAUCGAUCUCAUGGAGGCGUACCUACAUAGUCCAAUAUUUCCACCACAUCGCAGGUUUCUCAGAUUCUGCUACAGAUCUUAUCACUAUCAAUACAGAGCGCUUCCGUUUGGCCUUUCAUCUGCCCCGAGGUUCUGGCAGUUCAGCUCAGACUGGAUUCCAUUCGGAUCCAGUGUUACCUGGAUGAUAUCCUCAUUCAGUCAGUGUCUGUCCCGGCUGCACGGUCGGAGGUGGGCCGUACCCUAGAGGUGCUACAGAACUACGGGUUUUCUGUGAAUUUCCUCAAGAGCCAGCUGAUCCCAUCCAUGCGGCUCCUUCAUUUGGGAGCAGUGAUAGAUACAAUACACUGCAUGGUCUACCUAUCGCCAGAUCGCAUAGCCAGUCUCAGGGCCUUGGUCCACCAGGACGGUUCCCCUCCUUACUCUCUCCCAGCUUUUAGGCAAUAUGAUCUCCUGCAUUGCCAUCGUACCCUGGAAGCAGACUACACUCCAGAGCUCUUCAGUGGUUCCUUCUCCCCUUUCAGAGACGAAAGCUAACAUCCUCCAACAGGCAGGUGAGGUUGACUCCCCUGGUAUCGAAGUCACUCAGAUGGUGGAGUUCUCGGGCCAUUGCCAGGGCUCAGAAUUCAGAGAACGGUCACGGAUCGUUCUCACCACAGACACCAGUCUCUUCGGUUGGGGGGCACACCUCCAGUAUCAGAUAGCCCAGGGGAGAUGGUCUAAAGAGGAUUUGAAACACAAUAUAAAUUGGCUGGAACUCAGGGCAAUUCAUCUGGCGUUGUGUCAUUUCAGUCACAAGGUGAGAGGUCAGCAUGUUCUUGUCCUCAACGGACAACAUAGCAGCCAAAGCCCAUGUGAAUCGUCCAGGGGGAACCAGGUCAAGUUCUCUGAUGACGGAAGCCAGACUGCUCUGUUCCUGGGCAGAGGCCAAUCUAGCCUCAAUCAAGGCGGAUCACAUCUCGGGGUCAAUCAAUCAGCAGGCAGAUGCCCUCAGCAGGGUGACGGUGGAUCAUUCAGUGUGGCGUCUGGAUCCAGAGCUGUUCCUGGAAAUAUCUCACAGAGUGGGGCAUCCAGUUCUGGAUUUGUUCACCUCAGCAGUGAACUCCCAACUCCCAAGAUUUUUUUCCCGAUUCCCGUCACCGGAGUUGGAGGGAGUAGAUGCUCUGCCCAUACCGUGGCCCCGGGGCCUUCUCUACGCUUUUCCUCCGUUCCCCCUUCUUCCGGCUGUCAUCCGCAAGAUUCUACAAGAGAAGGCGGAGGUGGUUCUCAUAGCUCCUCAUUGGCCAACGCAUCCGUGGUUCGCCAAUCUCAUGAGUCUGUCAGUAUCGGCACUGUGGAAGAUACCUCCGGGCCUAGUAACACUCAGUCAAGGGGCGCUCCAGCACCCCGACCCUCAAUGGCUACAGUUGACCGUAUGGUGCUUGAGCGGAGAUGUCUGACUGAGGAAGCUUACCCUCGGAGAGUCAUUGAUAUGAUUCAAGCGUCUAGACGUUCGUCAACAAAUAGAGUUUAUGACUCCACUUGGAGGAGUUUUCUAUCUUGGAUGUCAAGCAUCAGGUCCAGUUGUCAUCUCUCACUGUGCCUCAAGUUCUACAGUUUUUACUGGAUGGAAUAGAUCACCAUCAAGAGGCAGGUUGCGGCCUUGGCCACGGUACUCUCUUGUGACGACUCUUCCUCACUAGCGCAUCAUCCGAUGGUCCAUUCGUUCAUCAAAGGGGCAAUUAAUACUAGACCUCCAACCAUUCAUCGGUACCCCUCUUGGGAUCUUUCGAAGGUUUUACAGGCCCUUACCGGGUCGCCCUUCGAACCGCUUCAAUCUUAUGAUCUCAAUAUUUUAUCCAUGAAAGUAGCCUUUCUGGUAGCAAUGACUUCGGCCAGACGCAUAUCUGAACUGACGGCCCUCUCGGUCAGGGAGGAUCUCUGCCUGUUUUGGCUUGAUUGCAUAAUACUGCGACUAGAUCCCACCUUCAUUCCUAAGGUGAACUCCUUGUUUCAUUGGUCCCAGGAGGUGGUGUUGCCGAGCUUCUGCCCUAGACCACCCCAUGACUUGGAACGCAGCUGGGACACCUUGGAUGUCCGCAGGGCACUCCGCAUUUAUCUUAAAAGGACUGCUACUUUCUAACUGGGUAAACGUGACCCAGCAAGAGGCAUGGCUAUCUUGCAAGUCUAAUUGGGUAGAAGGGACUUCAGGAAACCCAAUCCGUGGAUUAUCCAUCAUCAUGCUGAGAAAAGGCGUUCAGGUAAGACAACGCCCCUUUUCAUUCAUCAUCUUUCUGUAAUCGGGGAAAAAAAAUCCAAGAGAACAAGCAAGUUUAAAUACAUGCUCUGUAAAAUUUCAGGUUUUAACAAUGAAUUUUUAGAAAAAGCAAAAUGGGGCAAGUGCUUCAAAAUGUGAUAAUAGGAAGUACAAGCCAAAUUCAGUCUAAGUCCCAGGAUACGAAUUUUCCGUUGGGUUAGCAAAAAAUAAAUAGUUUUUGAAUUUAAAAACAAAUUCUGGAACAUCAAAGCAAAUGGAAGAAAUAAUUGUGAAAUGUUGAAUUGAUGUUCAGCAUAGAUAAUGACAAUGUAAUUGUUACAUAUUAUUAAGAUGUACAAAAUACCUCUUGCCACCAAUAAUUACAAAUAAUCCAAAUAAGAUUAGUUUAGAACUCAGUAAGCAAAUAUUAGCACUAAAGGAUCAACACAAUCCAAUUGAAACAAUGAGCUGAGGAUAUGUACGUAAUGAUUUAACAAAGGUAUUAAUCUGCAAUAGUCAUCUAUUAGACCCCCCUCCUCUAAAUCAUUAAUUAAAUUAAACAUAUUUUAAAACCCUUUUUAAAAGUUAUUAAUUUUCUGUAGACAUGAAAGGAAGAAGAAUUGGCAAAGGUCUGGAACUGAUAGUCACCUAGGAGUGAGAAAAAAGAGUGAGAAUUAGAGGAAUGUAAAAAAUGAACAAAAGUAUAGGUGGAUAUUGGGAAAUUUGUGAUCAGUCUCUCUUACUAGUUAAUAUCUAGUGAAGAGCCCUGCGCUAUACUGACAUAUGAGAAUAAGAAUGAAAAGAUUGGAAUAGCCAAGGUAAACUGUUCUGGAAUAAGUUCAGAGGAAGGAGAGAAAAUUAGAAACUAUUAAAAUAAUGUAGACAUGGAACAACCAAGACAUACAGCGAUAGCAUCUCCUCUGCAAGGGAGCCCAGGUUCCUAUGAACAUGAAUCAAGUAGUGGCUAGGAGUGGCAGUUGUGGCUAGGUUAACCUUGGUCAGUUUCAGAUUGUAUUUCCAGUUGUUUCCAUUCCUGCAUCAGGAGGAUUCACUUUCAGUCAUUCGUGGCCUGAUCACUUUCAGAAUGGAUUACUGCAAUGCUAUACUGUAAUGCUAAAAUACAAUGAGGGAUUGUGCUUGAAGAGCAUCUGGAAUCUAUAACUGGUUCAAAAUGCAGUGGUAUGGGCAGUUAUGUGAGUUCUUCAAUCAGCACAUGUUAUACCACUGCUCUGUGAGCAGCAGUGAUUGCUACUUUGCUUCUAGUUUCAAUUCAAGGUGCUGGUAAUGACUUAUAAAGCCAUACAGUAUAUGGGAUGGGUCAGGUUUUUUGAGUGACUGCCUUUCGCUGAGGCAGGAGAAGCAGGAGAGGUGUUGUCUUUGGAUCUAAAGGAACAAUUGCCUCUUAUAAGCUGCC